CAACAAAGCCAAACAUCGCCUCGCCUCCCACUUCCCCUUCCGGCCUCCAACAUCACCACGCGCCUUGGCCCGAUCCUUCGUCCGCCCACCACCCAAUACCCACCGCGGCCUCGACCACGAUGUCCACACCAAUAACACCCGCCCGCGCUUCCUUCCUCCCCGACCACGACACCACCGCCAACCAUGCCAGCACCUCAACGAACCCGCCGCCCGCCAUGUCGCCCGAGCUCGAGCAGACGCUGACGCUGCUCGCCUCACAUCGGUCGGUGCUGGGGUACAUUCUGCUGUCACGAGGGCAGCCUGUCAGUAUCAUAAGGCACUCGGGCGUCGUGUUCGAUGGCGAGCAGGGGAGGAAGUACGCGCAUGCGAUCGCGCGCAUCGUGGAGAGCGUGCGGGUCGGGUUGGAGGAAGUCAAUCACGGGGAACAGGAUGCGGACGACGUGCGCUUCAUGCGGAUACGGACAAGGAGACAUGAGAUUAUGAUCUCGCCUGACGAGCGAUACUUGUUAGCGGUGCUUCACGACCCCACGGCGACAUAAGCCUUUGUUUUCGGUCCUCAGUUUCGUCCUGCACGCAUUGUAUCCUUAGCUUUCCUGGAUUCCAUCAUCUGCUUGCUGUGCCUUCACUAUCGUCGCCUGCCCGCACGGUUUAUGGGUCUCAGGUCUGCAGACUAAGGAAGGCUACUCGCCCAAUAAGCAGGCCCUUCGUGAUAUGAUCAUGUCCUGUGGACGAAACCUCCAAUCGUUCCUCUAGCAACAUACAUGCAAGUUCAAUGCUGUCCUCCUAAACUAUUCCAUGGUGCGUGAUCCU